AUGACGCGGAACGCGGACGUCGAAGAGACCAGGCUCUUUCACCAUAGAGUCAUUUGGACCGAACAACCAGUUGAAAUUUGUGAUGAAUCGCUUACUGUGCAAUAUGUGAAUAAAGCUUAUGAAUCUCAUACUGGUCAUGCGAGGAGUGAAGUUAUCGGUACGAAAUCUUCUGAAAUGCGUCGGAAAUCGUUACAAGCAUGCACUUAUCGAGCUAAAGAUGCUGAAGUAGAUCGCCGACCAAGUACGGAUUGGCAUUGUUUUCAAAUUCCUGGAAGUUCACUUAGGUAA